UUGGUAUAACAUUAUUUCAUUUUUUGUUUUUUUAUUGACAAACGACUAGUGAUGCAGCUCGAUUCAUGCUUGCGAGGCUUUGAGAUCAUUUCAUCCUUGUUUAACUAUACGUUAAACAAGGACAAAUAAUGCCCACGAGCGUAAAACGAGCAUCGAAUCGAGCCGGAGUCGAGGAUGUAACGAUUCGUCGUGUUACACUUUUACGUUAACCGUAUAUUUUUUUACUGAAAAAGAUACAAUAAGGUAGCCAAAGUUAAUCGGAGAUGGUUUAAAGACCGGAUUACUGAAUCUCCGUUGGGACCUCGUUGGCGUGGCGCAGCCUUAAAGUUCACCGCGCAGCUGGAGAGGGGGAGGUAAGUCAGGCGCUCUGUGCAUCGUAGAGAGGGGUGUAGCGGUGGUGGGAGGGGACGCGCACCGCCGCCGCCGCCGCUGUUACUGCUGUUGCUGGCUCUCGUAGGGUUAGCAGCCCCGACGAAUACGGGCCUGGAACGGGUAUGGAGUUGUUUCUUCGGCUCUGUCGCUCCGUGUGACAACCCGUGCAUUUGAAUAACAUCGGUCGACGUCACUUGGAGUGCGCCGUUCGGCUUGCGGGUCGCUGGCGCGCGUCGAUCCGAAUAGUGACUAGAUAAGUUAGUCGCCGGAGAGCGGACCUUAGCUCGAGUCCGCGGCUUAACGCAGGUGUGCAUGGUGUGGUCUCAAGACUCGCUCGUGAGUGAUCGUCGAUAAUACCAGUGUGAUUUGAUAUCGGAAGAUUUCACUACUUCGUCCCACGGGCGGAGGGCAUACAGCGGGCGACUCUCGGGGCCAUUAUUUCGUAGCGUCCCUCGAACCUCGGUUGAGCCAUGACGCGGUGCCUCGACGAUAGUCGUUAGAAGGUAUACUCCGCGUCUUUUCCAUCCGCUGGGGCCCGCACGUGCUAACUGCCGCCACGAGUUGUGUGUGUGUGUGUGUGUGUGUGUUUGUGUCUACGUUAGAGAACGCCGGUCGACCGAUUUCUCGUUAUUACAUUGAUUACGUUAUCGAAGAACCGAAAAGCGUGAACGCGCACAGCCGCGCUUCACGACGCUCUUUACAAACAUCUGUGUGCAAAUAAUCUUGACCGGGAUAUCUAGCUGGUUUGUUUACGACAAUCUUUCCCUUCCUUGGAAUUCAAAUGCGAUCGUCGUCCAAUCGAUCGCCGUAUGCGCGCGGAUAAGAAAUCACAGCGGACGUGCAAAGAAGAGAGCGGCGAAGAGUCGCGACGACCCGACGCGACAGCGUCGCGAUAACACUUGACUGAUAAAGCGAGAAAGAAGAGAGAGAUCUUUUCUUUUUCUUUUUUCUUUUCUCUCUUCAAGGUACUCCGACUUUCUGACUUGUUCCUCGAACAAAUGGUGGAACGCAAGCGUUGGCCCAUGGAGGACAGCGUGCAAGGUACCUCGAGCGCCGUCCUCGAGGAGAUUUUUUACGUGACGUCGAAACGGAACACGUAUUACAAGGUGAAGCUGACGGAGAAAGGUCUGAGCCUGCAGAAGGAGCACAACGGCGCCACGAAGAUCGAGACGAUCGCCUUAGGUGACAUCAUCGGUUGCAGAUGCAUGCGGUCGAAGCGCAGGAACACGGGCAGCUGCGCCUGCCGACCGGGCGCGUCCAAAUCGCAGAUGAAGCUGGUGGAGUCGGCCGAGCUCUAUCAGCAGUGCGACGAGCUUGACACGUCGGCAUACCUCUACAUAUACGCGUACACGUUGAAGAAGACGCGCAUGAAGGUCACGUUGAGGCGCGAACGUACUACAAUCACUCUGCGCUUCCGCAGCUUCGACAAGUACGAGGAUAAUCUGCGCGAGGCUAGCAGGUGGCGAUUAGCGAUCAAGUGCUUGGUCGCCAAUGUGCCGGUGCCGAAAAACCUCAUGAGCCCCAGCCACGGGAACUUGGAGACGUUGGUCGGGGCGUGUCCGGGUGAGAAUCGGAAACUUCUGGUGUUGGUAAACCCGAAAUCAGGACCUGGCAGAGGCAGAGAUACCUUUCAGAAGAGAAUCCAUCCAAUCUUGUCGGAAGCGGAGAGAUCUUACGAGAUUCACAUUACCAAGUGUUCUAAUUACGCCCGCGAGUUUGUGCGCACGAGGGAUAUUUAUCAGUGGAGCGGUCUAUUGAUGGUUGGUGGCGAUGGAAUUGUCUUCGAGGUGGUGAACGGAAUCUUCCAAAGGCCUGAUUGGGAGAAAGCUCUACGCGAAUUGCCGCUCGGGGUGAUACCAUGCGGCUCCGGCAAUGGCUUGGCAAAGUCUAUCGCUCACGCUAAGAAAGAACCGUACGAUCGCAAUCCUUUGCUUAUCAGCGCACUGUCGGCGGUCAAAUGUAAAAAAACAUCGAUGGAUAUUGUGCGCGUAGAAACAAGAAACCAGAUCCUUUUCUCGUUUCUGUCGGUGGGCUGGGGUCUACUCGCUGACAUUGACAUCGAAAGUGAACGACUACGCGCUAUCGGAGGCCAAAGAUUUACUGUCUGGAGCGUAGCGCGUUUAAUAGGAUUGAGAACAUAUAAAGGCAAAGUGUCCUAUUUACCUUGCAGCAAGGUUCCCCCGACAGAAAAUAUGGAAAACGGCAAUAUAUAUCACAAGGACUAUGUCGCGGAGAACAUAUUGUCGCAUUCGAGAAGCUAUGGCGAUGAAUUGGACAGGUGUUGUGCCAAGCCUGAAUCAGAACCGAAAGGUUUCUACAAUACUUUCGGUGAAUCAUCCAACGAUUUGAACGGUUACGAUGAUAACGACGUGAUAACUGAGAACCUAGCUCUCGAGACGGAAAACGAGAGGAGACACAGACUUGACAGCUUCUACUCUGCAACAUCAGCAAAGUCGACUUAUUUCAGCACAGGUUCCGCCUCGAGUUAUCACAGUAUGGAAGACGAUAAUAGCACAGAGAUUGGUGCAGAAAACAUCUGUAACAAUCAAGUUAUGUAUGGGCCAUCAUCUACACUUCCGGCGCUGACAACGCAGCUCUCAAAUUGCUGGACAACGAUUCAAGGAGAAUUCAUAAUGGUACAUGCAGCUUAUCAAACACAUUUAGGACAAGACUAUUUUUUUGCGCCACGUGCUGCAUUAGCUGAUGGAAUUAUUUGGCUUUUAAUAGCUAAAGCCGGUAUUACACGGGCCAACUUAGUGCAAUUUUUAUUAGGUCUGAGUAGCGGAACUCAUGUAACUUGCCCUGGCGUCGAUAUGAUACCUGUAAAGGCAUUCCGAAUAGAACCUAUGGAAGGAACAAGUGGACAUAUAACCGUAGACGGUGAAGAAGUUGAUUACGGACCGUUACAAGCAGAGAUAUUCUCUUCCUUAGCAUCGGUGAUGACACCCUGACAUAAACGAUAAUCAUGUGUAUUUAAUGGUGAUAUCAAACAAAAUCAAAUAAUUUGAAGAUAAUUCGACGAGAAAUUUAUUCUAGGCUAGCUUAGGAUAAAUUAGUUACAAAAUAGUAACAUCAAACUGUUAA